AUGGACUUUGAGAGUAAAGACAGGAGAUAUGGAGAUCUUCCCGGGAGACAGACAAAGAUUUUCAUGAAAAAUGAAAUUUCCGACGGAGACAGUGCAGCAAUAGAAAACACAAGCAGACAAAUUCCCCACAGUGAGUUCGAGGCUUUUCUUAAAGAUUAUUUUGCAGAAGCAGACGAGAAGAAGUUUAAUCAGACUGUUUUAAGGACGCCUUUAGACGAGGAAUGGCUUGAGGAGAUAGUUGGGAAGGAGACUGAAUGUGCAAGAGAGGCCAUGAUAAAGGGUCUUAUGGGAUGUCUUAUAGACGAAGGAGAUAUUCUUAAUGGCUUUUCCGAAGUUCUGGAGGAGGAAGGAUCUGCAGAAAUGGAAGUGGAAGACUGUAUUGAGGUGGAGAAGACUCUAAGAUCCUUUUCCCUAGAGAAUAUAAGGGAUCUGGUUAGACUGUACAAAGAACAAGUUUCGAUUAACAACAAGAGGAAGGACCUUCUUCGCAAGAAGUUAAAAGAGAGAUUGGCCUACUAUGGAUACUGGAUGGUACUGAGGGCCAUUGACUCGGAAAUUGAGGAUUUGGUUUCCCGAGAGAAGGGAAGAAAGAAGGGAAUUGAGGAGGAAAGAGCUCGGGAGGUUCUAGAAAAACGUUCCGAAUUCAUGGAAUUAUUCAAGGAUUUCUCGGUACUUGAGGAGGACUAUAGAAACUAUGAGGAUCUAUUUGAUCCCAAGGAGAAUGUGGAUGCAAGUAGGCAUGGAGUGUUUCCAUACGACUACUUUUCAUAA